AUGCCCGGCCUUGGAAGUUGCGCUUGUGGCACCGUGUCGUUCCAGUACUCUGGUGAACCGACCCUAACAGCACUAUGCCACUGCAAAGGCUGCCAGAACUGGGGUGGCAGCGCAUUCUCCUCCAACGUGGGCGUUCCGACCACAAACUUCUCCCUCACCAAGGGCGAGCCCAAGAGCUGGGUCCGAAAUGGAGAUGUAUCUGGCAAGGAAAAUCGACACUUUUUCUGCGGAGGCUGUGGAUCUAGCCUGUUUUCGCGGCCCGAGGCACUGGGAGAGAUCACAUUGAUUAAGAGCGGAUGUCUCGAGGAGACUAACAUCCUGAUUGCGCUGGAAUUGUUUGCGACUAGACGCCGUGACUACAUUGUACCCGUUGCAGAUGCUAAGCAGGCACCUGAGAUGCCUUGA